GGAAUGUAGUGCAUUUAUCGUAUUUUCCAACAGAAGCCAAGCAUUGGUAAAGCUGCUCUGAUAAGGUAAGAUAUAUGAAGUAUUUCGGUAACACUACUGUGACUUUUUCUCUAGCUACAACUCCAUACGACUCAAGUCAUGAUUGAUUGAGAAUAAACAUACACUACCAUAUUACAUGAUAAUGAUAUUUUGUGCGUUCAUAACUGCUAUAGAGCACUCGAUAUCGUAAAUAUAUUGCAACUAAUAGUAGUUUCGGUUACAUAUAAUUAAGUUGCCACUGCAGUCUGUUUUAUCCGAUAAGUAAUCUGCACCUGGAUGCAACAAGCUGUAGUAGCAACUUUUAGGCAAGCUAGACCAUGUACUGUAUAUGGCCCCUAUCUUUAAGAUAUAUGUAUAUGAUAAACAGCUAGAAGGAAGAAUUUAUGUCAGAUAAUAACGACCUGAGCGUCCGAGGGCAUUAUAUACUGUAUAUGACAUAAGGCUCUUUCUCGGUUUUGUCAUAUUUAAUUCAUGAUUGAGGAGGUUUUCCUACAAAAUUUUAUCAGUUUCGCCUGCUUUGAACGACGAUUUUCUGAGUUUUCUUUCAUCUUUUUACGGCUAAUUAAUAUUCAAGGUGAUUAUUAAAAAUAAUCACCUCGGUACAUCAAACUGAAAACCGACUCAAUCAUAAAUUAAGUACUAUUUAAUAAAUGAGCAGGAGUGUUUUAAUUAGGUUUAAAGCCACGAGCGCGCAGCGCAAGUGGCUUUAGACCUAAUAUAAAACACAACCGGCGAGUUUAUUAAACGGCUUCAAACACGACUACAAAUUCAAUAGAUAUACUGCCCUAAUAGUAUUCUUUAUAUAAAGAAUACUAAUGAGGACACAAGCACAAUAGAUACUGCCUUAUUACUAUUUUUUAUAUAAAGAAUACUAAUUAGGAGUGUUUUAUCAGGUUUAAAGCUACUGCACUUGACAUACUAUGGUUGCAUGAUUUGUUUGAAGACGUAAUGAGCAUAUUAAAUAUAUUUGUGUAUUAAAAUAAUGUAGAUAUUAUGAAAGUAAAUCUGUUGGAUAUGAAGUUAUGUAGCUAUAUAUAUGCAGAGCCCCGCUGUUUCAAACAGCAAAGGGAAAAAAGGUUUGACAUUUAACGGGUUUCGAGUAUAUUUAAUUGGAUCGAGUUUUGAAGAGCUUUUAUUCGGGAUUAUAUACAGUAUAAAGAGUACGCAAAAAUGCAAGUAGGAGGAACUUUAAGGCGGGUCAAAAGUCCCCAAGAGAGUCGAAGAACAGCACAUUAGGUGUCGUUUUGAGGGGUCUUGUUUUGACUCUAUUGAAUAUACAGUAAUGCAUCAUGCAUGCACGCUUUAAUUAAACGGUUAACUUCGCUCAAACUUUUUUAAAAAAUUUCAAAGGCAGACUCGGAACAAGUAGCCCGAUCAGCGUCAAAUAAGGAAAUAAUAUAAAGUUAAAUUAACGUGUUGGUGGCUUAUUUAUAAUGACCCAUUGAAUCAUUGAUACGACUUUUAUAGUAUGAAUUAGACUGACUUUAGCAUAAGGAUAAUAAAUAUGCUAACGAACAACUAUUAGUAGAAAUGCCCACGGGACAUUAAAUAGCUUAACCGCAUACAAUAUUUGUCCUGUAUUAUUUCCUCUGUCAUUUCCAAUUAUAUAAAUUAAGUUAAAAAGACAACUGGUGUAAAAACAACAGCAAGUCUAUUGUACGCAUGACUAACGAUUUAUUAUUUUUCAUAAGAAAAUUCACAACAACAACGUUCACAUUUUUUCAAUUAAAUACAGUCUAUUUAACAAUUGUGCUUAGUAGGUAUCAGCUUACAGUCGACUUCAUGCAGUUCACAAAACUUUGACCACAAAUGUUCUGAACUUCGUUGCGAAGUUCGUUACGAAGUUCAAAAGUUCAUAAUGAGAUUCACAAACCAGUUUGUAAACUAUACGCAUCUGAUUGCAUGGCUUCUUUUACUUCAAGGACCAAUCAGGGACUUUGCUUACAAUUUGGCUUGUGCAUGAAUUCCAAUAUGAACUUGCGAACUUCGCAACGAAGAACAUUUGUGGUCAAAGUUUCGUGAAAUCGACUGUAAACUGAAGUGCAUUCUCUAUUAUAUUCUGUUUUAAGUCAUUGUUUACGCUUCAGAAUCAAAUAUUGUACAGUACGUGCAUAAUUAUCUUUCCUAAUAAAAACGAAUUCAGUCCAUAAGGUUCGAAAUAGUGUGGAGUUUGGUAUAGCCUGGCUUUCCUAUGGUCGUAAUGUUCAUAAAAAGAGUCAUGAUCUUUCUUAACGGCCAGUUUGUAAUAGUUUACACCUGUAAACCUGUCUCGUCCGCAGGCGCUAAUAAAAAAAUUUCAUGCGCGUCACUAUAUGAAAGGUUUACAUGAAGUAGUGCAUCGCGACGAACAAGCGCAGGGAGUUAAGCCGGUUUUCCACUUCAAGCGUACCGUACCGAAACGUAUCAAAAAGUUUCUAAAUUUCAAAAUAUCGUGAAUGUUGGUUGGUUAAUUAGUACUUCCGUAGUACGCCAAAAAGUUGACUUGCGACGAACUUUUUAUUUUGAUACGCGAAUACACCCGGAAGUACGUGGAUUUAUAAACCUCUUUUCAAUCUGCGCAUGCUCACCAGUACGUUUCGCUACGAUACGGGCAAAGUGGACAACCGGCUUUAUGGGCUUGAGGUAUCGAAAAUUGAGGAGCGCCUGGGAGAUCUUGUGCCGUUUCUUGCAAAAUUCGUCUGUUUCUUGCAAAUCGUGUUUUUUUCGACAGUUUGGGGCUUUUUUCGCCAUUUUUUUCGAGGAAACAACAUUUCAAAUUGUUCAAUUAAACAUGUGAUUACAGUCAGAUGAUAUUUGAUAUCAUUUAACGCUUUAAAUGAUUCCAAGAUGUCAACACUUGAAGAGUUCAAUGAGGCUAUAGAAGCUGGUUUAUACAAUAAAUUUACAAGGUAUGGAAAAAUGACAGUGCAUUUUUAUCACAAUGAGCAACUUAUUUUAAAAAUAUACAACUACAAGAAGUUUUUUGAACAAGGGAGUGAUGAAACUUUCUUUUGUAUUGCAUUUGCAAGAUUCGGCUCAGGAUCGCAGUUAUGAGCUUAUUUACAUGCAGUAUGUUUGAUUUUCACGAUCGGUGCAAAAGAUCGACAAUAUUUGGAAUAAUUCGGGUAAGGAUAGCUUUAAGGAUUUAUAUUUAGAUCUGUUGUUUACUUGUAUGUUCGACAGCUAUUAUACAAGAUCGGCCAGGCGCUAACCAGAACGCUAAUAUCCCACUCCCCUUUGCGCGCCUAUAAUGUGAUGCACUACCUCAUGUAAACCUUCAUAUAGUGACUCGCAUGAAAUUUUAUUAUUAGCGCCUGGGGACGAGGCAGCCUGUAAACCACAUAUAAAUCAUAAGUGUUUUCAAGUUAUAAUCACUCCUGGAACUUUCAGUUCUAAAAUGUUGUAUUUCGGUUGAUGAGGAAGAUCGUGACUCAAUCUUUACUACCGUUACGACCAUAUGGAAACCAGGCUUAUACGUUUGGUAUAAGGCAAGUUAAUUAAAUAAUAACUGAUUAAUUAAUAUGGGCGAGAUAAAAAGUGCCUUAUAGUUAAUAUUUUUUUCUAAACAGCUUGUCAAAUAAGGGCAUAAGGCUAGCCUUAAUGUCUACUCUGAAGAGAAUGGAUGAUGCGGCUGCAUGUAUGGUUGUUUGUCUUUUUUGUUUUUAUAGAAUUAGCAUCACAGUGCUAUGUUAGAAUUAGCAUCACAGUGUUUAAGUGCCAGUUUUGAAGUCAUGCAUGCAGUAAUCAUGCUGUUAAGGCCCACUUGAUGAAUUAUAAUUUAUUCAUUGCCUGUGCAUAAAUGCACGUUCUAGUAUGUGGAAGAGGAGAAGUGGAAAUAGGGCUCUGCCGAUUUUGCGUAUAAAUUCUGUUGAGCAUGCUCUUGGGGUGAAAACCAGUAAAUUGAAUAUCUUUUUCUUGAAGCCAAAUCUGACCAUCGGAGUGACCAGACGCGUGUUUAUGCCUCGCGAUUCUCUCGUGAGAUCAGUUCAGGGAGCGAGCAUGCCGUUUUAGUACGAAGUUUCACCUGAAUAAUUAGAAUAAAUACAGUUAAUAGAAAGUUUUAAUGCUGUUUUCCAGAGUACAGCUUCAUGUAGACAGAUUGACCGUACUCUUCACAUGCGUGAAAAGACUAGCAUGGUUUUCAAAUUUACUACAUUCAUUUCCCUGUCAAAACAGAAUCAUUUGUAUUUUUGGUAUGUAUUCUAGAUCUUCCCGUUCGUUCGUUUUGGCAUGUUUUGUCGCGUGCACUGUACGUGCCGUACAGUUACAGCAAUAACAACUCAAAAACAUUUUCAAAUGUUUAAUUUAAUAAAUAUAGUGCGACACUGUGUGAAUCAAACCAUUGCUAUAUAUUUUUACAAUUGCUAACAUGCUAUAGUUUAUUUUACCUGAAUGCUUACAAUUCCUAAUCAGUAAAUUAAAGCGAUUCGUUAGCGGCGUCACAGUUCAGUGAUCGGUUUAUUACUAGAAGUUCUGCAGAUUCCACAGUUCUGUGGUCGGCAGUUCCGUUAAUUAGUCAUACAUUUUUUUAAUUUAAUUCGCCCAUAUAAUAUACCAACUUACAUUAAAUUUUGUUUCUUUUUUAUAAUUAUAAUAUUUCGAUAACAGAACUGACGUCAUCAUUUAUAGGAUUUUAUUCAUUUCAAAUACAGUGAUUUUCCUAACCCCCAACAAUUCCUACUUUUCCAAUCAGUAAUUGCCGUGUAGGUGAUAAUUUAAAUAAAUUAACAAUUCAAAGAUCAGUUGUAUACUUUAACUAAUUGCCAGUCGGCUAUCCACGUAUUACCACUCACUGGACAAUACAUUAUUUUAUUUUUUCGUUUCGCGGGUGUUUCCUCCACGGUCUAAUUUCCAUGUCAGCGUUCUUUUCGGGGGAAAGGGGGGGAGGGGAUUUGUCAGUGCAUGAAACAUUGGUUAUUCUCUUCAAAAUAAUACACAGUUCCUUUUCCGAAUCCAAUUUUGACUUGAAAGUAACAAAAUAUUAAAAAAACUCUGUUUGUAUAAAAAGUACUAUUAUUACGAUUCGGCAAUACCAAAAUAUCAGCAUGAGCUCGUCCUUUGAAUUUACUAGUAUUAUGAGUAAAUUGUUAUACACGUCCGAAACUAUCAAAACAAUAAAUUCGCGACACAUGUUCAGCCCUAACCAGCAUGAGCUCCACCUUUUAAUUUACUAUAUGAGUAAAUUGUUACACACGUCCGAACAUAUCAAUACAAUAAAUUUGCGACACGUGUUGAGCCUUAACCCCUCACCAUAAUCUUAAUCUAACCCUAAUAUAAUCUUUAUUUGACACUAUUAAUCCGAAGUUUUUUGAAACUACAAAUUCCAAGUUCCAACUACAAACAGUACAAAGCCUCUGCGGAGGAGAGUGUCAACAAGUUUAACAAUGUCGUUAUUAAUAUUAUUUCAAGUUGCUACAUGGUUGUCAUUUACAACUUGUUAACAAGUUGUUGAAUUUGCAGGACGAUAACAAGUUUUUCAAACAAGUCUGCAUGCAUGCUAAGUUGAACAAACUCAUGGUAGCAACAAGCUGGGAACAAGCAAUGCAAACACGAAUUAAGAGUUAUCAACAGAGUUUUUUUAAAAAACAAUUAAAAUAUUAAAAUAUUAAAAAGAUUUUCAAGUCAAAAUCGGCUUCGAAUAGCUACUGUAUAAUUACUACUAAAAAUAAAGUCUAGUGCGGCAUUAUUUUGAAGAGAACAGCCGAUGUUUCGGGCAAAAAUCCCCCAAGAACGCUGACAUGGAAUUUACACCGCAGGGAAAAGAGCCCCGACAAAAUACCCGCCAAGAAACUGUGACCUGCGUUAAUAACCCGCGACCAGUGAACUCUAAGGGAACUGCAUGAAACGAUAACUUGGCCGCCAUCUUUGAAGCCACACAUAAUGGCCGCCAUGUACAUGAGACAUCCAAAAUAAGUCGCCGAAAAGACAUCUGUUUUUGAGCAUUGAAUAGCUGCAUUUCAACAAGGAAAAAAGCUAAAAACAUUUAGUACAAAACAUGUUUCCAAGAACGUAGAGCAGUUUUAAAGUUAUUUUUUUCGGCCGGUCAAAGUGCGACGUUUUUCCGGUACGUUCAAACUUGUGUUAUAAAUCCAGGAAACCAGGUUUCAAUCUUUAAAAUUGAAGCCCUUUGAUAAAAAGUACUUUCUUGCUAAUUUUCGCUCAAAAACAAACUUUUGACUGAAUUUCCCGCUCCUCGAAACUCUGCGUCCCUAGUCUUUAAAUUUGGCUUCACAACCAAUCAUAGAACUUUAUCACUGGCAUUAUCGUUCCAGAUUGCUUACAAUUCACUGCCCGCCGGACUUGUAAAAAUAACCUGCGACCCGCAAAAAAACCGCGAUCCACAAACUGUACUUCAUUUUAAAAUGUACUUCUUUUUAAAAACAACUAUUUCUUUGACAUAUAAGCUAAGUAUCCAAAGAACAUAUCCCGUACGCAGUCUCAAGGCAACUCCCCUAGCAAUCCCAAGUAUUUGAGCUCUGGGAUGCGACGACUUUGCGUUGAGGGUAUAAAUGGGCAUCCGUGCGUUUAUUAUAAACAGUACUUUCUAACUCAUUAUCCCUUAUGGUGAUUAAAAGAUCUAGGAAAUGUAGACUAUAUUCUGCAAUCUCCAUAGUAAACUGAACGUAAGCAUCAAAUGCUUUUGCCACAAUAGUUCUGUUUCAUCCAAGAGUCCUUCAGGAUCACCCCAAGAUUACCUUUGACCUUCUGUUUUUCCGUAUAUAGUGACUAGUGUGGAUUUUUGCUUCAUCCAAACCACCAAACCAGGAAAAUCCUGUAUAGACGAAGUUUCAUGACCCUGUUUAGGAAAACACGUCAUUGUCAUACGCACGCAAUUGAUGCAUAUACGCUUUGUUCUCAGAGGCGUAGCCAGGGCUGAGGCCGGGGGGCCCCCUGGCAAAAUUUUGGGCCCCCUCUGAUAAAAUCUAUUGUAUAAAAAAGGGAAUCCUCGAUUAUAUAGCUUCAUGCUGUCAAUAAUGCAACAAUUCUGUAGAAUAUAUGCUUUGCUGCGCAUCGGUGUUCAACCUAAAAUUUUGUUCGCUUAUUUGUGGCACACAGCUUGAAACACACACCUUUUCUAACCCUAAUUAUUUCAAUAUGUAUUAAAUGAGGGUUAGAUGAAGUUUAAACCAAUCUGGGUUUUUUACCAGUGAAUUUUUAAUGCGGGCUCAAUUUUGUCGGAAUCUUCGUGGUGAAGCAUCGGAAAGCAAUUGUAUUGAAGAGAAAAAUAUUAUAUUAUAUUAUUAUUAUAUUAUAUUAUUGUCCGGAAAAAUUUUUUACCCAAAAAGUUGUCGACGGGGGGAAGAGGUGGGGAUUUAAAAUGUUGUGGUGCGAAAAAUUUGUUGGCCCCACCUGGGUUUUUGCUGGCCCCUCCUGACGAAAAAUUGUUCUCAGAUUGGUUUUAAUUAAUUCAGUCUGCACUCUUUAAUUUCCUUCCGGCUGAAAAGUGUGUUUUUCGCGUGACUGUAAAGCAGCUUACUGAGAAUUUUUUCUAAUUUUCAGAUAACUAAUUUUAUAGGCUGGAAUGCACAAUGGGUUAUACGAUUGAUGACGUUUUUAUAAAGAUUGGUGAAUUUCGACAAUAUCAGUGGUACAUUUUAACCAUUUUUGGAUAUACAUUAAUAUCCCUUGCUGCGUUUCCUACUAUGAUAGUGACGUUUAUUGCAGCAGAACCAGACUGGAAAUGCGUUGAUGGAUAUAUGAAUAAUACCGUAUGUAGAUUUAACAAACCAAUAACAUUAACCAGUGAUGAUUACAAAGCAAGAUGUAAAAUGCCGAGAGAAGCUUGGACGUUUGUAGAUGACUUUACAUCCACUGUUACCGAGGUAGGAAUGCAUAACAUUUGAAGCCGGGUGAUUUUAAAUUUGAUGGUGAUUUUUAAUAUAUAUCAUGCAUUUAUUUAAUAUUUCCAUUCUCAAAUGUACCCACAUAGAUUUGUUGAACAGCUUACUUUGGUAGCAGGGAAUAAAGGGAAUAAAUUGCAUAAAAUUCAAUAUGGGAAAAUUCAAUAUGGCGGCUAAUAAGCAAGCUCUCAAGCGCAGUGCGCAAAUCUCAAAUAAUUCGUCUAUAAGCACCCCCAGCAAGCCUAUCAAACCGAAAAUUUCUAAACGUAACGAUACGGAGGACAAAUGUCGCGAAGAGAAAGAUCCAACAAAUGGGGAAAUACAUAGCAUUUUACAACAAAUAGUUAUGAAGCUUGAUAUAAUUGACGACCGAACAAAGUCUGUCAAGCAGGAGAUGAAAGAUAUGAAAGCAUCGAUGGAGUUUGUACACGCAGAAGUUGCGGACCUUAAAAAGGAAAACGAAGAAAGAAAAAAAGAAGAUCUCGAAGUAAAGAGGAGACUACAAACACUCGAAGAAAGCAACGCGCUAUUGGACAAUCGCGUCAUUGAUCUUCAAGCAAGAUCGAUGCGCGAUAAUCUCCUGUUUUAUAAUGUUAGAGAAUCGGCGGAGGAAAAUACGAAAGACGUAAUUCAUAAGCUAUUGGAGGAAAAGUUGGGGAUAGAAAACUCGAAAUCAACUAUUAAAAUCGACCGAGCGCAUAGAAUGGGCAAACCGAGGGGGAAGUAAACCAAGAGCCAUUGUAGUGAAAUUCAAUUAUUACCCAGACAAGGAAGCGAUUCUCCGGAAUGCAAGAAAAUUAAAAGGAACAGAUAUAGCGAUUAGCGAGCAGUUUCCUGAAGAAAUUGUUAAAAUUCGCAAGAAACUAUAUCCGAUAUUCAAGCAAGCAAGAGCGGAGAAAAAAAAAAUGAAGCUGGUUCGGGACAAACUGAUCAUAGAUGGCCAACUCUAUAUUGGUUCAACCUAAGCCUAAGGAGUCAUAUUUCAAAACAAGCUUUUUAUUUUUCACUAAGGUCUUUAUGUCUCAAAACAAUUGGAGUAUAAAACUCGAAUGAUUUAACCAAAAAUAUAGAAGAUAUAAUUGAAACCAAAUUUAUUGAAAUAGUAAAUAAUAAUGGUAAAAAUCUUAUUAUUGGGGUCAUUUAUAGACCGCCAAAUAGAAAUUUUGCCACAUUUGAAAGCACUAUGAAUACAAUCUUAGAAAAGAUUGACAAAGAAAAUAAACUGUGUUAUUUAAUGGGCGAUUUUAACGUUGAUCUUUUCAAAUCAGAGUCUUGUGAUUUUGCGAGCCAGUUUAUUGAGCAACUAUUCACAUCGUCAUUUUUCCCAUUAUUUACUAAAGCAACACGAAUUACUAGUCACAGUGAAACACUAAUUGAUAAUAUUUUCACAAAUAAUUUGGAAAAACUUAAUUGAUAGUGUAAAUGGUAUUGUUUUCAGUGAUAUUUCAGACCAUCUACCUAUUGUUCAUAUGUUUAACACAAAUAUAUUUGGUAAAAGCAGAAAGUCAAAUGAAGUUACAGUAACCUACCAACGACUAUACAGUGAAUAGAACAUAGAAGCGUUUAAAGACGCAAUUAAAAAUAUUUCCUGGGAGGAAGUAUUAAAUGAAACAAAUGACCCUGAAAAGGCAUUUACUGAGUUUAUGAAAUUGUUUAUGGAUAUAUACGAUGCAAAGUUUCCAAUUAAAAGAAAACAACAUAAAACAAGAAUAGAUAAAAAUAAAAGCCCCUGGAUGACUAGGUGUAUAUUAAAAUUUGUUAGAAAUAAAAAUAAGCUAUAUAAAUCUUUCCUCAACAACCCAGAUAAUAGGAACAGACAAAAAUAUAUAAAAUAUAAAAAUAAACUUAAUCACAUUAUAAAAUUAUCAAAGAAGACCUAUUAUCAGGAGCAGUUAAUCAAGCACAAGCAAAGUCCAAAAAUGAUGUGGAAAACAUUGAAUGAACUACUCAAUAAAUCAACCAAAAAUACUAACCCUAUCAAAAACUUUUUUGGAAAGCAAUUCAUCAAAUACUAUAAUAGAACCGGACGAAAUGGCGAACAAAUUCAACGACUACUUCACUAACAUCGGUCCUAACUUGGCCAAAAAAGUAAAAUGCAAUGAUAAUGAUAAUUUUGAGAAAUAUCUAAAAGGCAGUUAUCAGUCUAGUUUUUUCCUUAAUGCUAUCACAGAAAAUGAACUUGAAAUUGAAUUUGAAAAUACUAAGUCGAACAAAAGUUCUGGAUGUGAUGGCAUUAAUGCUAAAAUUAUAAAAAUAACUGCCAAAGCACUUUCUAAGCCUUUAACACAUAUUUUGAACUUAUCAUUCUCGUCUGGAAUUAUGCCAGACAUUUUAAAAAUCGCAUUGAUUACACCAAUUUUUAAAGGAAACGAAAAAAAUAGGUUUGAAAAUUAUCGACCAAUAUCAGUUUUAACUUGUUUUUCUAAAUUAUUAGAAAAACUCAUGGUCAAAAGACUAAUAGCAUUUAUUGAUAAGAACAAGAUAUUAUCAAAGCAUCAGUAUGGCUUUAGACAGAACAGAUCAACUGAGCAUGCUAUAAUUGACUUUGUUGAUAAAAUUACUAAAGCGAUUGAUCAAGGGAAAUUUUCUGUUGGCAUUUUUCUUUAUUUGUCAAAAGCAUUUGACACAAUUAAUCACAAGAUUCUGAUAAGAAAAUUGCAUCAUUACGGAGUACGAGGAGUAGCCAAGAAAUGGUUCGAAAAUUACCUAUCUAAUAGAAAACAGUUAGUAAAAUAUAACGGAGUAAAAUCAGAAGAAAUGACUAUAACAACCGGUGUCCUACAGGGAUCAGUAUUAGGCCCCUUGUUGUUUCUUUUAUAUAUAAACGAUAUUCAAUAUUGCAGUGAAUUGGUUUCAAUUAUAUUAUUUGCCGAUGACACAAAUAUACUGUAUAGUGAUUGUUGUCUCGAAAAGUUAAAUGAAAUUCUUCAAAUGGAAAUGAAUAAAAUCGCAACUUGGUUGAAUGUUAACAGAUUAUCUUUAAAUACUGCAAAGACCAAGCUCAUUCUUUUUAUAGAUCAAGAAAUAAAAAAUCUAAACAUGAACUAAAAAUUUCAAUAAACAAUGAAAGUAAAAAACGAGUGGAAAAAAUCACAUUUCUAGGAAUUGUUAUUGAUGAGUUUUUAACAUGGCGCGAUCACACAGAUCAGAUUGCAAAGUAAAUUAUCAAAUGUGCAGCUAUUAUUUCCAGGAUUCUACCCUUUACAAACCUAACUUCCUUAAAGCUGAUCUAUUAUGCAUUAAUCUAUCCAUAUCUCACUUACGGUAAUUUAAUUUGGGGAAAUGCCUAUAAAUCUCACAUUCAAAAACUAGUGAAUAUCCAAAAGAAGAUAAUCCGAUUAAUGACAUUCAAAUCGUGUUUUGACCACACUGAACCAAUUUUUAAUGAUUUGAAAAUACUAAACUUGUACAAAUUAAAUGAAUAUUUGACAAGUUUGUUUAUGUUCCGAUAUUUUCAUUUGCAAAAUCUUCCCGAGAUUUUUAUUAAUUAUUUUUUGAGUAACAAAGAUAUCCAUAAUUAUAACACAAGAAACGCAUCAUUGCUACACAAAAAAUGUAAUAUGUAAUAGAACAAAUUAUGAAAAACACACACUUGCUAAUAAAGGAAUCGAUGUGUGGAAUAAUCUUCCUUCGCAAUAUAAAGAAAUUAGAUCUUUUCCAAUAUUCAAAUCGACAAUCAAAAAAUAUUUUCUUCAUCCUGAUAAAAAUAAUAAUAGAAUUCUCCACUAAAAGUAAAAUUAAAACUAAAAUUGUUGUAAUAUAGUUUAUUUUAUCUAACAGUUUCCUCGUUUCAUAUAUAUAUAUAUAUAUAUAUAUAUAUAUAUAUAUAUAUAUAUAUAUAUAUAUAUAUAUAUAUAUAUAUAUAUAUAUCCUUUAUUAUUAAAAGGUAACUAUAUUUUAAUCUAAUCUAAAGAUGUAACUAGGGAUCUUAAAUAAAAGCCUUAUGGUUUCUAGAAGGUUCCUAGCCCUAUGUAAAUAGUUUCUAUUUUACGAUUUAUUUGUAUAUAUAUUAAUGUAAUUUGGGCGAAUAAAGAACAAAAAAAACAACAAAAAAAACAAAACAUUUUCACAAGUUUUGUGAAACUUGCACUUGCAGUCAGGCAAACAUUUUUGAACUGUGCAGUUUUUGCUUUAUACACUGUGUAGUUGGGAGUUAGACUUUUGCUAGGAUUAUGAUUUGGCAGGACUUUUCGAUUUCCUUAGAUUCAUUGUCCUCAAAUGUAAAAAUAUUCUGAUUUCGAAUUCGGUUUACCUCUUUAUUUCGAUUAUUUACCUAUGAAUGCCCAUGAAUUAAGCUAUCAAAUGACUUGUUUUGCUUCCAUCAAAAUUUAACACACCCGAAGAAAAUUGCCAAUAAAUGCUUUAAAAUAUCCAAAUUUAUCUCGGUUUUUUCACAUAUUUGUUGAAAUAUCUUUCGAACAAUAGGGACAUCCAUACAUGUCCAAUACUGUCGACAUGAUACGGAUCGUGAAGCAGCUUCACGAUCCGUCAAAUUCGUACGGACGGUAAACACGAGUCACGAUCCGUAUCAACUCGUAAACGCAAUAGGUGGUCUCCAAUAGCAGAUGCUUGUUGCCCAGAUCUACCAACAGUUCGACGGAUCGUACCGUUCGUACGGCUCGUAACACGAUUCACGACCCGACAAAUCCGUACGGACUGUGAAAUAGCUUCAAAGUAGGUUCACGAUCCGUAAAUCAUGUUCACGAACCGUACGGUUCGUACGGUCCGUAAAGCCAUUUCACAGUUCGUACGAACCGUACGGAUUGUGUUCAAUGUUUUACCAUCUUUACAAUCCGUAUACGUUCGACAGUAUUGGACAACCAUCAAUAGGGAAUACGACAACUUUUCAUUAUUCCAAUGUGUAGUCCAGCGAAUAGCGAAUUUAUAUUGAGAAUGUCAGAAUAUAAAUCCGACCAAAUCUGCGCUUGUACUUGACCUUUGAACGAAACAGACUUCACGUGACUCACACGCGUGGUUCAUAUGAAACGUUAUUAAAUUAUAAGGUCUUGCUUUUGACUAGCCUCCUCGGCAGCCUUUCUACAACCUCGUACCCAGGGCUAGUCGCGAAUUGAAGGCAGCGACAUAGCCCUGGUAAACGCUGGUCACGUGACUCCAACAUUACGUAAUUGUAACUUUUUUCAACCGGGGGGUGGAUAGGUGAAAUUCGAAGACAAAGAGUUUUUAUCUCCGAAAUUCUUCAAUCUUCCUAGUGAAUUUUGCACUUGAAGCUUCUCUCAAAGUACGGCGAUCGAUCAAAUGGAUCAAUACUUUCUGUAGAAAAAACUCAGUGAGAUUUGUUCGUAUGAGACGUUUAAAAGACACGGAUAUGUCGCCAAAGACGCUCGAUCAUUGCACAGGUUUAUGGAAUAGUACUUUGUUCAGUUUGUUGCGAAUUGCGAAGCAAAUGAAUGCAAAUUCAACUCUUGUAUAAUAACUAAGAGUUGGUUUGUAGAGGGACAACUUAUACAAAAGAUAUGAAUACAUUAGCUUCAAACUAGGGACAAGUUCAUGGACAAUGAUCAUCCCUAUAUAUGGACAUUGAUAUUUCACCAAUAUGUAAAUAUGACUAUUAAAUAUAUAAAAGGAUUGCUGUUGUAUUACUUGUAUAUGUAUAUGUAGAAGUGUUGUGCUGUGGUAUUUACGUUUUUAACCCUUUAAGUGGCAAUGGGCCAUCCAUUUAAUAUACACCCUUCCCCCCCCCCCCCGAUGGAUUAGAAUUUCUGAGGGGGUUGAAAAAUCCGUUUCUGAGGGGUUGUGUGCAUUGUCAUCCUUUGAUCUUUGCACUUUUUCUGAGGGAUAAGGCAAAAAUUUCUUAAUUUCUGGGGGGGGGGGGUUCAGCACUUCGAUCUUUUUUUCUUUGGGGUUCAAUGCAUCCAGAUGUGCCCUACUUUGUUAGCUUACUCUGUCUAACACCAGACAAUUUUACUUGUCAGGGGACAGUGCAUGGCGCCACUCAAUGGGUUAACAUAGUCGAUGAACAUGCCAAAUGAUCCUUGACCGUGGUAGUACAUUUUUGCACUUGCUGGAUGAUAUUGCAACCAAGCAUUGUUUCAGAGGAAGAGCACUGAGAUCAUGCUGUGUAGCAAUUGGAAUCUUGCAUAGAGCCUGCUGUCACAUAAAGCAGGCAAGACCUUCACUCAGAAGGCAGUCCUGAUUAAUAUUAAUUCCCCACAUGAAGACUUGAAAACCAGACUGUCCCAUCUGCCAUAUGCAGGACAAAAAAACAUGCAGCCUGGACUUUAACUGUUAAACAACCAAAUCAGCAUGAUAAGCAGUGUGAUGAUUUUUGCUUAGCCCAAACCAAAGCCAGUUUUCUAGAAUUAAUUUGCAGAAUCCUAAGAAUUGGAUCUCCAACUUGAAGAGCUAGCUGUUCUAACCAAGUUGCAUGGGCAACCCUGAAUUGACGUGACUAGAGCAAAUCUUCCAAAAAUAAUAGAGAGAUCAGAUUUGACUUCCACUGCUGCUAUUGCUACCAUUAACUAACCAGAUAAAUUUCAUUUAUCCAAUCAAACAAUCGGAUGCAACUGCCAGAUCAAGUAGUGGUAGUAGAAGUCAAAUUUGAACCUUUCUAUAUGGAUUUCAGAGAGACCAGUCAUUAUUUGCUGAUAUAUUAUUAUAACUUGUUUAAUCAAAAGCUACUAUAUAUUCAUUUAUGAUAUUAAAAAUUGAUAUAAUUUUAUCUAUAAAGUGAGAAUAAUUUAAAAAAAAUAUUCAUAACAUAAAAUGAUUCAUGCAUGCUGGUGAUUGAAUAAACCAUGAAGUGUGCAUUCUGAAUCUCUACAAGUUCCUUGACAUUAUUUUUCCAGUAGAGUGUAAAACUAUAUAUAUAUGUGACACAGGUUGCAGGUAUUAGGUUGCAUGUCCACCAGUGUGCUGAAAUACCAUCCAGUGACCCGGUCUUGUUCAUUGUUACUUGCAUCUUGCUUAAUUCAACUGUUUUUGCCCCAUUUCUUGUACCCAUAAAGUUCUUUUCAAUAAUCUAGAAAACUUCAAAAUCAUUCAGUAAAUUUAGUUUUAAAAUUGGGUAAAAGGUAAGGGGUAAAUAAUAGAUGAAGAAAUAAUUUCUUAUUGUUCAUACAUAUGGCCCACAUCUCUGUCAGGUAUUAGAGUAGAAAUUUAUUGAAGCCUGAAGUCAGAAAAUAAAUAUGGCAACAAGGUUACAUGCCAUACUGCAGAGUUACGCAAUUUUUUUAAAGAUCUCAAGGGCACAAAAGGUAUAAAUAUAGAUUGUAGGGGCAAGGGAACAAAAUAAUGAAAUUUUGAGAUUCGGGGGCAGGUUUAAUUUAAUUACAAUGGGGUGCUAAAACUUUUCCCUAAAAAAUCCCUGACCAGCUGGAGUGCUGAAACAGAUGUUUGACUAUUGAAAUAUCCUAGCAGGUUAGGUUCAUCAGAUUUUAGCUUAGUCAACCUGGCCACUCUGUUAUUACAGUAUUUAAUGGCUCAUUUAAAUAAUUUCAGGUCAUUACUGUAAAUGUAAAUACAAAGUAUUUGAAGUCAAUACUGCUGUAAAAUGUAGUUUAAAUUAAUAAUACUGUAUUAAAGUGUAAACACGUUUCUCACAGCGAUAAAUCAAUAUUGUAAAUAAUAAUCAUGUGAGAGUAGAACUUUACUGAGAGUCCGAAGUAUAGUAUUAUAGGCCAUAGUCUGGCCGUGUUUCUCAAAAUUCAGCUAACUAUAUUAACAUACUGUAUAAAAUAUAUUACAGUAAAUAGCCUUCGAAAUAUAUAUUUCAUAGAGCUAGACAGUGUAACAAAUAUAUAAUGGGAAUCUGCUAAAUAAUUUGUAACAAUGAAAUACUUCUAAACAUUUUCAAAUUCCUAUAUACUGUACCUUUUCAUACUUGAUGGAAAUCAUCACAAAUAGUAUGUACGAGAUUGGCUCCAUUUUCACUGCUUCGAAAUUCGAAACAUCGCCCGCUCGGCGAUUUACAUGAUGCGAUAUAAAAGAAGAUUGAUGUACAUUCGACGUAAUAUAUAUAAACGUAACAUGUUAAGAAGAAAGAUUACAACAAAAAAUAAAAGAAUUUAAAUAAUCCGCGGCAAUUCAAGUUCCAUUCGUGAACUUUUCGUCUUUUCGUCGCCCCCCUGUCUUUAUUUCCACAAAGCCCGCUCGCAGGCUAAUACUCCAAGAAUCUUGGAGUAUUUGCCUGACACGUGACCAGCGUUUACCAGGGCUAUGUCGCCGCCUUCAAUUCGCGACUAGCCCUGGGUACGAGAUUGGCCUCUCUAUGGGUUUUAGCCUGCGAAUGAGUUUUUCACCAAUCUUUUUCCGACCAAACGAAAUUCUUGCUUCAUAUCAAUUGCUCGUUUGCAAUCGACGGCAUGUCGGCAUCUUGGUACGUGGCAACUAAAAAUCUAUAUUCUUCGUUCUUUAUCAUAUUAUUGUGCCAGAAAUCGUAAACUAUACUAUCCAUAAUACAGUAAGAUGUUUUCAAGACAAACCAAAAAUAUUAAAGUAACUCAACUAUUUCGAUGCAAACGGCUGGACAAAACUGCCUUUAAAAUCAACCAAGAUGGCGCCUAAUGACACGUAGUGACGUCAUGUGCAAGCAAAGAAUUACGUAAUGGGUUCAAUGUCGUAAAUACAAGGAAUCGGAGAAUUGGACCGGAGACAAUACAGAUCGAGUUGAAAUUUACAAAAUUGUGAACAAAAGUCUUAUAUUUCUUUGUACCUGCAUGCCUAGUUUGUCUAAUUUUGUCUAAUUUAUCACUGCAUGCACAAUGUUAAAUGUUUAAUAUAUAAUCUUGGACAAAACUGGUUGAGACCCAGUGUGAAUGGGGAGAGGAGGGGAAACCAUGGAAAUAUGGUUAGGGUGUUUAAAUAAAAAGUUCUACCUAUCUAUCUACACUAACAAUCUCGGAUAACUUGGGUAACGUAUGACUGAAAAAGUUGAAAAAUCGAGCGUUUUCUUAUUUUCUUGCAUAUGUUUUUUCAUUUGCAUUUCCUUGAGACAUACUUAGUUAUGCAGGUAACAAAAUAUUUAACUGAUUUAAUUUCCAGAACUGAUUAGUAAAAUUGUUUCCCAACAAAUUCAGAAUCUCACAUGUAGGCCUAUCUUAGUUGCCAAGUAUUAUUUUUUGGGGGAAAACGGCAAUAGAGAUGAUAAGAUUGACGUUCAGUACGGCAGACCGGUAACCGGAAGUUCUACAAUUUUCCGAAGGUUUCGUCAAGUUUUUAGUCAAUUCAUUCUUCAAUUUUAAUGCACAAAUUAUCCUAACUUUGAAAAGCUUACAGUUGAUCUCAAAGUACGACUUGAAGUUAGAGGUUACCGGUCUACCGUAAACGUCAAUCUUAACUUCUCUAAUGUUUUCUGUUUGCUUACUUUCAGCGAUCGAUCGUUUUCCAGUUGAUCGACCCUCUUUCGAGAAACGUGGCUAGGAUACAGUAGAGCAUUAACCCCGCAAAACAAUGUCUUCCAGUUUCUUAAUAAAUAUAAUAGCAUUUAGGUGCGAAUAAUAGAAAAUAAUUUGGAAUAAUAUUUACAGCAAAAUAAUUAAAAUUAUUUUACUCACCACAACCUAAAUAUCAGUACAACAUGAGCUCCACCUUCGAAUUUAUUAUAUGAAUAUGAUGUUAAACAAUAAAUUAAUUUAUUUAUACAUGUCAAUAAAUUCGCGACUCCACACAAAACCAUGCACAAGAAUUAGGCUUUUGGGUAUAAAGGUAAAAUCGCCAUAGGCCGGUUUUCCACUAGCGAAUUUCUUCGCGCGAAGCGAGAUUUAUAUUGUUAAAAUUGAAAAGAAUUAUUAAAUUUGUCAUUACAGUAUGUAGUUCCAGCCGAGAGCAGAUAAGACAAAGAAAUAUAGUCGAUUUGCGCGACAAAAUUCGCUAGUGGAAACCUGGAUUUAUGCCGGUUUUCCACUAGCAAAUUAUUUUAUAUAGACAGAGACAGAUAUCGAAGAUAUAAUUUAUUGAUUAUAGUCUAACUUCCUAUACUGCCUAUAAUCAUUGAUCAUGUUUUAUUUAAAUUCAGUGUCAGCUUAUUCUCAUUUAACCGAAUCGCUAACUUAAGUAAAUCUUUAAUUAAUUCUAAUUUAAGUUUUUCUAGAUUAAGAUUUAAAUUAGAGUUAGCUAGAGGUUAGAGUCGGGAUUGGGUUAGGGUCGUAUAAAUAAAUUCUAACAUGUUUAACAUAUAUUCAUGUAAUAAAAUCAAAUAUGGAGUUCAUGCUGAACAGUAUAACAACAUCAUUUUAUGUUACAGUACGAUCUAGUUUGUGAUGACUCCAUUCUUCUAUCUAUCGCUCAAUCGUGUUCCUGGGUUGGAAUGUUAGUUGCCUUAUUGGUUGGCGGUUUGAUAUCAGAUAUGUUUGGCAGAAAAAUUAUUUGGUAUGCUGGUUGUGCCCUUAUUGCUGUUGCGACAUUGAUCAUGGUCUUCCCAAAAGCCUUUGUGGUUUUUAUUGUUUGUCGCCUUUUCAUUGGCAUAGGUUCAGGUACGUAUAUAGGUACUAAUCUGAAAACAAACUAGUGUCCGUAAAGAUUGAUGUCAGCGAAAUUACUAUCAGAUUACAAUAAUUGACAUUUCCAACCUAUGGUGGUAGAAAUAUAUUGACAGGAUUUUUGCAUAUGUAAAAUAUCUUACAUCAUGUAUCUUACAUCUGAAACAUAUAGCGUCCC